CAGUCAUUCAGUCAGUCGACAUUCGCUCUCUUCACCUUCGUUCAUUUUUUCACGCUUGAAGCGCCUCACAUUCUUUACCAUCUUCGUUGAUCUCGAAGUACCUUUUUGAACACCAACCUUUCGACCAAACCAGACUUUCCAACACCCAACACUACAAUGCCUUCCAAGAUUCAAGCCGCUGCCAUCCUUGGCGCCUUUGCUGCCUCCGUCAGCGCCCACGGUCACCUGUCUGCCAUCAAGGUUGACGGCAAGGACUUCACUGCCUACGACCCGUCUUUCCAGUACCAGACCCCCUCCCCCGAGGUCAUUGAGUGGUCCUGCCCCGAGUGCCUCGACAACGGUUUCGUCGAGCCUUCCAUGUACGACGAUGCCACCAAGAUUGCUUGCCACAAGGACGCCACUGCUGGCGCAAAGGUUGCUACUGUCGCCGCUGGUGGCAAGCUCGACAUCUCGUGGACCGCCUGGCCCGAGUCCCACGUCGGCCCCGUCAUUGACUACCUCGCCAAGGUUGAUGAUGCCACCAAGGCCAAGUCUACAGACCUUGAGUUCUUCAAGAUCGAUGCUGCUGGCUUCGAGGACGGCAAGUGGGCUUCUGACAAGCUCAUCGCCAACAACAACACCUGGACCGUGACCGUCCCUGACAGCAUUGCCCCUGGUCAAUACGUCCUCCGUCACGAGAUCAUCGCUCUCCACGCCGCUGGUCAGGAAAACGGUGCUCAGAACUACCCCAAGUGCAUCAACAUCGAGGUUACCGGAUCCGGUACCGCUACUCCCAAGGGUACUCCGGCUAACAAGCUCUACACUGCCACUGACCCUGGUAUCAAGGUCAACGUCUAUGGCGGUGACCUGUCCAGCUACGAGAUGCCUGGUCCCGCUCUAUUCGACGGUGCCAGCUCUGGCUCUGGCUCUGACAACGCUUCCAAGCCUUCUGCCUCUGCUCCUGCCUCGUCUGCCCCUGCUGCCACCAGCUCGGCCGCUGCCGCCGCUGCCUCUACUCCCGCUGCCUCCGCUCCCGCCCCUGCUCAGACCGGCGGCGCCAGCCUCGACAAGGAGUUCACCAUCGACACCUUCAUCUCCUGGCUCGAGGAGAAGGCUGGCUCUUCCAGCCAGAAGGUUCGCCGCCACCCCCGCGCUUUCCGCGUCUAAAUUUGUGGUACGACAACAAUCGGAGGGAACGAGAUUGUAAAAUCAUGGAGGAUGGAUGAUGGAAAGUAACACUUUGGUGUUCUUCACUUCUUGUACCUACUUGCUUUGAGUCGCUUUGGCUCAUUGCUUCUUUGACUGAAUGACAUGUGUUGCACACUCGA